AUGGGUGAUACACUCGAGCGCUUGCAUUUGUCGGGGAAAUGGCCAUUCGACAAUGAUUCAUUGAAGAUCUCCGAUGUAGCAUAUGUUCAUAAUCAACAAAAUACUCCAACUACACCAACAACUUCGGAAUCGGAUUGCACACCAAAUAUAGCGCAUGCAACACGUGUUUCGCCCGCGACGGUAUCGUGGUUGAUGGAAAACUAUGAGACAGCCGAAGGAGUUAGUUUGCCACGAUCAACUUUAUAUAACCACUAUAUGCGUCAUUGCAAUGAACAUAAAUUAGAUGCAGUCAAUGCAGCUAGUUUCGGAAAACUUAUAAGGUCAGUUUUCACUGGUCUACGUACACGUCGAUUAGGUACCAGAGGUAAUUCCAAAUACCAUUACUAUGGAAUACGUGUUAAACCCGGUUCCAGUUUAGCAACCACAAACGAGGAGAAACCACAUGCCUCUAACAGCUCUCAGGCAAAUCCAAAUGCAAACACAUUAACACAUCAAUCAACUUCAAGUGUUGUCAAAACGCGAAAAUCAACAUCAAAGACAGAAUCAUACGAAGCAUGCUCACAAUUUCUUGGUGAUGGUAAUGGAGCUAUUCCGCUCUUCCCAACGAUUGACUUUUUAAAUGAUAUGCCUGAAGACAUUACCCAUGAAGAUGUGGAUACACUUCGGUCAAUUUACCGUGAACACUGCGAAGCAUUUUUGGAUGCGAUUUUAAAUUUGGAGUUUAGCACGGUUGAAUCAUUGUGGAGAGAGUUUUGGCGAGCACAAGAUAAUAACAAUGGUGAUGAAUGCGAAGAAGAGAAAUAUCUCAGCAAAUAUAAAUUAUAUAAUUUGCUACAAUGUAAAGCUGUUCAGGACUUUAUCAAAGAGAUUGAUUUUCACUUCUAUCAGAAUAUGGUAGAUGUUCUCAUCCCUGACGUGUUACGUCCGAUACCCAGCGCAUUAACUCAAGCUAUUCGAAAUUUUGCAAAGAAUCUUGAAAAUUGGAUGACUUCGGCAAUGACCGGUUGCCCAGAAAAAAUCGUACAAAUCAAACUAAGUGCAGUGUCAGCUUUCAGUCAAACAUUACGCCGAUAUACAUCGCUUAAUCACUUGGCACAAGCUGCACGUGCCGUAUUGCAAAAUAGCACACAAAUCACACAAAUGCUUUGUGAUCUUAACCGUGUAGAUUUCCACAACGUGCAAGUACGACCACUUCUUUUAUAACUACAGUUUGAUCGU